GCCGCGCCGGAGGUUAGUCCGAAUCUGCUCGCUCGGCUUUGCAGGUGGCGGCGGCGGCGGCGGCGGCGGCUUGCGUGGAGAUCGGGAGCAGCGCGGCGGCCAGGCAGACUCGGGCUAAGCCGCGCCUUCUCCUCCCCGGCGGGCUUCUGGCAUGGGAAGCAGCAGCGGCAGCAGCAGCAGCAGCGGGCGUGGCUAGGUCUCGCCGGCGUCGCGACUGCUUUUGCGGACCGGUCCCCCGUCGGAGGUCUGGAGGCGAGCGCUGCUCUUCCGUCUCCCCGGGACCAGCCUUGCCCGUUCCGGGCUGCCCCGCGCCGCCGCCGCCACGUUAACUUCGCAGCGGUCCGGCGCCUCCUGCGGAGCCAGGAGCCAAAUUGGUCGGAUCAUGGAGCUGUUGUCCACCCCGCACAGCAUCGAGAUCAACAAUAUCACCUGUGACUCCUUCCGAAUUUCUUGGUCCAUGGAUGUUGGAGACGUGGAUAGGGUCACCCACUACUUCAUCGAUCUGAACAAGAAGGAAAAUAAAAGCUCCAACAAGUUCAAACAUCGGGAUGUCCCUACCAAGCUGGUAGCUAAGGCAGUGGCCCUGCCAAUGACGGUGAGGGGCCACUGGUUUCUGAGUCCCAGGACAGAGUACAGCGUGGCAGUGCAGACUGCGGUGAAGCAAAGUGAUGGAGAGUACCUUGUCUCUGGAUGGAGUGAGACGGUCGAAUUCUGCACAGGAGACUAUGCUAAAGAACAUCUGGCUCAGCUGCAAGAGAAAGCUGAGCUCACCUCAGGCCGGAUGCUGCGGUUCACGGUUUUCUAUCGGAAUCACACUAAAGAGUAUUUCCAGUACGUCAGAAUGCACUGUGGAAACGUCAUGAAGCCCUACUUGAAGGACAACAGUGGCAGCCACGGCUCGCCCACCAGUGGCAUGCUCCAUGGCAUCUUUUUCAGCUGUAAUACUGAGUUCAACACCGGCCAGCCUCCCCAAGACUCCCCUUACGGCCGAUAUCGUUUCCAGGCGCCCGCGCAGCGCCUUUUCAGCCCCAACACCAACCUUUACUUCGCGGAUUUCUACUGUAUGUACACUGCCUACCAUUACGUCGUCCUGGUGCUGGCGCCGAAAGGUUCUGCCGGCGACCACUUUUGCCGGGAGCGACUGCCCCAGUUGGACAUUUCCUGCAACAAGUUCCUGACCUGCAGCGUGGAGGACGGCGAGCUCGUCUACCGUCAUGCCCAGGACGUCAUCCUGGAGAUCAUUUAUACGGAGCCAGUUGACCUCAGCCUAGGAGUCCUGGGGGAGAUCAGUGGUCAUCAGCUGAUGAGCCUCUCGACAGCCGAUGCCAAAAAGGAUCCAAGCUGCAAGACAUGUAACAUCAGUGUGGGGCGCUAGAGACGGGAAAGGGCAGGGUGGAAGAGGGAACAAAUCCAAAUAAGGGAGAUCUUGGGGAAUCCCCUGGCCCUUCAGUGUAAGUGUGACUGUCUUGAGAACUGGGUCCGCCUUGGGUUAAGGGGAUGCUGGAGAAGUUCCCCCUUUUUGCUGUCCUGGCCUCCCUCCUCUCCCCUUCUCUCUUGCAUGUUUCCUUGCCAUUGUAAAUAAGGUUUUGGACUUGGGAAGUGAGAACGAGAGAGAGCAUGCAAUCAGGUCAAAAGCUGAAGGAUCUGCGGUUCCAAGUUUACUGAACUAAGGACAGCCCCCUCGGAUUUUUUGAGGUCUCUCUCUCCAGGAGAAAUAACCGGUUCUCUUCCAUUUCCCAACCCAAGCUCAAAUGGACAUUUCACUUUGCACACAUAGCAGGUAGUCCGGCCAGUCUGAUGAACAAGAGGUCUCCUAAACAAUCUGUCCUAACUGGAAGUGUUUCUCCAUCUCCUACUUUGCCCCUUUGGGCCCAUUUCUCCGCCCAACGUACAGUGUCUUUUUCACGGGUUCUUUUCAUCCGUAGCACGAUUAACUUUUUUUUAAGAAGUACGUUGAAGGUUGGAAGAAGAAGUCUUCCCACCCCAGUUUGGAAGGAUCCUGAGUUAAGAGCUCGGCUGGCGCAAAGACCACUUCAACUAGGCUUAGCGGUGGGUAGAACGGGUUUGUGAUCUGCUUAAAGAAACCUGGGAUGGGCAUGUAGGCUAGAGAAGGAAAACAAAGACGAGAUUUACAUAUUCUUUUUUUUUUUUUUGCUCAUUUCUACAGGGUGUGACACCUUAUUAUUUAUGUCUUUUAUUUAUUUUGACUGAAGAAGGGGAGAGGGAACAACAGGUUCUAACAGGUGUGCUAGAAACUGGAAUGCUGAUGGGCGAUGUUGCUAUGCAAACAUGCCCAGCUUGGCUUCCCUGUUUCCCAUGAUAACUGGUUACAGAUCUGGGCUGGCAAAGCUCAUACCUGCAUCUCAUUCUGGGUCUGGGUUCUGAAGAUGGAGGAGAAAGAAGCCGGAGCCUCAUCCAUAGUGCAGGCAGGAGAGUAAGACGGAAGACAAAUCACUUGCAGUUGGAUCCUCCCCCCCCCUUCUUCUUCUUGUGCCAUAUCCCUUAUCGGAAGUUGGCGAUCAUGUUGGGCGAUCCUGUUUUUAUCAGCAGCCCCACGAAAAAGUGCUGCUGAGUUUUGUCCAAACCG